GGGAAAGAGAGAGCAGACUGAAAGAGAGAGACACAGAGAGAGAGAGAGAGAGAAAGUGAGAGUGACACACAUAGAGGGAGGGAGAGAUAAAGAGAGAGUGAGUAAGAGAGAGAGAGAGAGAGUAAAGUUCUUCAGUCCAGCCAUCUUUCUAACACGCAUCAUUCAUGGCUUUACUCCAGACAUUUGUGAAGCUGCGACGGUCUGUGAGGUCUGCGUCCCGGGCCUGGGGUCCUGCACCAGUACUGCUGGGAAGGACGAGAUGGCAUCACACGGCGCCCCAGGAUACGUGUAACUGGCAGCUGCUAGACGACUGCUUCGAGCUUCAUUACGGCGGUCAGGUGAUGCACUUUAACUACGUGUGGCUGAGGGAUCACUGUCGCUCGGCCUCGUGUUACAACUCCAAAACAAACCAGCGCAACCUGGACACCGGCAGCAUCGACCUGAACAUCCGACCCACCAAGACGCGAGUGGACGAGGAGAAUCUCUUCCUCACAUGGCCCGACGGUCACGUCACACGCUACAACCUGCCCUGGCUAGCGAAGAACAGCUACGAGGGCCAGAAAUGGAGCGCUAUGCAACCGCGCAUCCUGUGGAACUCCGAGAUUUACUCCAACGCCAAGGUGACUUCAGCCAACUGGGAAAAGUUUAUGAGCUGCGACGAAGAGCUGAAAACGUUCCUGAGUAACUUCUUACUGUACGGCAUCGCGUUCGUAGAGGACGUCCCGCCUACGAUCGACGCGACCGAAACGGUGACCAAAAGAGUUAGCGUGAUCAGAGAGACGAUGUACGGCCGAAUGUGGAGUUUCACCUCCGAUUUUUCACGCGGUGACACGGCGUACACGAAGCUGGCUCUGGACCGCCACACCGACACAUCCUACUUCCAAGAGCCUAGUGGGAUUCAGGUGUUUCACUGUUUGAGACACGAGGGAACCGGCGGCAGGACUCUGUUAGUGGAUGGCUUCUACUCGGCUAAUAAAGUCCUUGAGCGAUCUCCUGAAAACUUCGAGCUCCUCUCGCGUGUCCCCAUCAAACACGAGUUCAUCGAGAAUCUCGGUAACCAGAGCAACCACAUGAUCGGCAUCGGCCCCGUUCUCGGCGUCUACCCCUGGAACAAGGAAGUCUACAUGAUGAGAUAUAACAACUAUGACCGUGCGGUGAUCAACACGGUUCCUCACAACAUGGUCCAGCGUUGGUAUGUGGCACACAGACAGCUCACUGACGAGCUCAGGAACCCGGAGAACGAGCUGUGGGUCAAACUCAAACCGGGCAAGGUUCUCUUUAUCGAUAACUGGCGAGUGCUGCACGGUCGAGAAUCCUUCACGGGACUCCGUCAACUCUGUGGCUGCUAUCUGACCAGAGACGACGCGCUCAACACGGCUCGGUCGCUGGGUCUUCAGGCUUGAUCAUCAUCUGACCAGCACUAGAACACCAAGCACCAAAGAACAAGCUUAAACAGUGUAGAUUAGCAAAAAAAAAUUAUUACAGAAUUAUGGAAAUCCGUGAAUGUCAGAAACUCACGUUAAAUGAUACGAAGUUCCUCUUCACCGCAAACGAAGAACCGUUUUAUGAAAGACACGUUAGAAGACGGCGCACGGGGAAACGAGGCUCGGUGGUACGAGGAAGAAAAUUCCAGCACUUUUUACAAGGAUGAUAUUCGGUGAUCAUGGUUAUGCCUUUAAAUGUAAAUGUCAAUGUUUUAAUGUGGAAAGGGUUGAACCCACACAACAUGAGUUAUGUUCAUGCACUAUAAUCUUUUACGAAACCCGCGAAUACGUCUAGUACGACGUACGAACGUUUUAAAAAUGCUGUGAAAUAUAGGAAUUUACUGUAUGGAGAACUGACAUAGCGCUAAUGUACAGGGUUUUUUACCCCUGGUCACUUCCUGCGUUUUCUGUGAUCCGAUAUCUACCCGAUGGUAAAAAGACCAGGUCUAAAUGCCCUCCGAAUCGUUUUGGAGACGGAUAUAAACCCGAUGGUACAAACCCCUUCAGGAGGUGGUCUGGGACACCUUUCAGAUGAAACUGGACAGGUGUAAAUGAAUGUGGUUGUUCAAGCCACAUACGUCAGCGCUAAACUCCUCCCAAACGGAACUACGUCACUCGCAGGUGAUCUUUCACCCAGGCGUCUCGUCGGGGCUUAAAACGAGCUGCGGCCGCCAGCGAAAACGCAGCAAACAGUAAACGCUGUUUUUUGUAGCAUAAACGUCGUAACCAGUUUUUUCAUCUUCUUUUUGAUCGCGUUCUGAAAACCGCGUACACCAAAACGUGUUCUGUUUCAGUUACCCGGGAAAUGAGGUAAAAUAUAUUAGCAUUUUGGGUGGGAGUAGAAAGAUGGGAUCGAUAUCAGAUUCGCCGAGACGCGUUUAUGUGGCCUGAUGUAAAUGGGACAGUUUUAACAAAUCGGAUAGCUAUCGGAUCAGAGACAACACACGAAGUGACCGGGUGUAAAAAGACCCUCAGAUGUUACAGUAAUCAAGCUUCCAGGAAAACAGACAGGAUUUUUUAGUUCAAACUGACAUUUAAACACAUUAAAUCGCAGCAAUUAGAUUUUCUAUUAUAGUUAAACUAACAUCAUAUGCAAAUUACAGUAUUUAAGAUGUUAUGAAAAAAUACUGCUAUUUAAAUUUUAGUAAUCAUUUUAUAAUAAUUAUUAUUAUAAUUAUGUCUGAUCUGUUUUGGGAUUUAUAUAAAUCUACAAAAUAAAGAAGAAAAAAGUAAAGACGUCAA